AUGUCCACUGAGUUGGCGGACGAUUGGUCGACUCUAGCAGCAAAAGCGCAGGCACGGAUUUCUCAAUACAAACCUCAGCAGCAUCAGCAACACGCAAAUUUCCUCCCCGUGUCCCUAAAUGCAUUUAUUACCUGGCUACCUGAAGGUGGGCGUGAAUGUCUGGCUAGGGACAUCAUAGGUUCAAAAUCCGACAACGAACUUUAUGAUAUCUUUAGCAAUUUGCUUACAGGUCCUGCUACACCGAUGAGAGCACGUUCAAAGCCACCAUCAGUCAGCCCCUCCCCGCACGCAAAACGCGAGGCGCAUGUUGAGGCUGUAGCAGCCACGCUUACCCAACCAGAAAAGCGAACGUCACAGUUCAAGGAACUCUGUCUCAAACGCGAUGAUAAUCAUUGCGUGAUCACUGGCGAACUAGACAUUGAAUACUGGGAGGAGCUUAACCGCCCAGAGGAACCCUAUUUCGGACGGACCGAAGGCGCGCAUAUCAUUCCGUUUUGCUAUGCAUCAUGGGAAAGCGCCGAGGAUGCACCAAGUGGAACCUGCCAGCAAUGGGAGGUUUUAUACCGCUGCUUUCCCCUUGUCAGACAAGUCCAAGAAGGAAUCGGUACUGAAACAAUCAAUGAUACCUCAAAUGGGAUGACCCUACGCGCGAACAUCCAUGUCGAGUUUGGGAGAUUUACCAUCGCAUUAAAGCCAACUAAUGUGUACGAGGUCAAGACUUUCCCGCGCUUUCCCAAAUGGGAUAUUUCAGCACUGCCCACAAGUAGCACCAUCCACUUGACGCAAGCCGAUGAUGCGCAGGACGUAGCCCUGCCUAAGGCAGCUCUCUUAGACUGCCAUUACCGACUUUCUGAGAUUCUAAAUGCUUCGGGGAUGGGACAUGUUAUUGAUCGUUAUCUCAGAGACUGGGAGGACAUCAAGUGCGAGGCCCCAAAAACCCUCGAUGAGGCUGGUCGAACAAAUGUCAACGCAUUUCUGCAGGCUGGUUUGUGGGAGCAUGCUCUUGCUUGA